AUGCUACCAAGAUCGAUAUACACCCUCUUGGCCCUCAGCCUCGGCGCCUCGGCCUGGGACCAGGCGCCCGCCCUCCCCGGCAAAGGCGCUCCCAUCUCCAGCGCGGACCGCAUCUACACCGGCGACCAGUCGUCCAACACAAUCACCGUCAUCCAGCCCAGCACCGGCGCUGUGCUGGGCACCAUCAGCCUGGGCGACCUGCGACUGGGCAGCAACCUCAACCCGCAGUACGUCAAGGCCGUGGGCUCGCACGGGCUGGGCUUCUCGCCCGACGGCAAGCUGGUGGUGUCGCUGGCCGUGACGAGCAACACGGUGACGGUGUUGCGCACCGAGGACAACUCGGUCGUGUCGCAGUCGUCGGUGGACCGCAACGCGCACGAGGCCUUUUUCCAGCACGACAACCGCCACGUCUGGGUGGGCACCCGGGGCGUCGACCGCAUCGACAUCGUCGACGGCCUCUUGGGCGGCGUCGUCGGCUACGUCGAGUCGUGGGGCGGGCCCAGCAAGGUCGUCUUCAGCCCCGACGGCAAGACGGCGUAUGCGAACCACAUCCGGUCGCCGUCGCUGUCCGUCAUCGACGUUGCGCAGCGCCGCGUCGUCGCCAACAUCACGGGCCUCGCCGACGUCUUCUCGUCCGACAUGAUGAUCUCGCCCGACGGCCAGCGGCUCUGGGCGGCGCACAAGAUGGUCGGCAAGGUGUCCGUCAUCGACCUCGAGGCCCGCAGAGUCGUUGGCGCGCUCGACACCGGCGCCGAGACCAACCACGCGCAGUUUGCCGUCGUCAACGGCACCAUGCAUGGCUUCGUGACCGUGGCGGCCACCAACGAGACCAAGAUGUACGCGCAGCCCCGUGCGAGCGAGAUGCCCGUCUAUCUCGGCGCCAUCGCGGCCAGCGGCGUCGAGCCUCACGGCCUGUGGCCCAGCGCCGACAACACGCGCCUGUACGUCGUCAACGAGCACUCGGACACGGUCGACUUCAUCGACCUGACGGCCUCUCCGCCAAAGGUCGUCAAGACGGUCAACGUCGGCCAGGAGGGCCAGGCGCUCAUCUACGUCUCCGGCGCUGUUUCUGCAGCCAGCAACGGCACGCAGAAUCUCGGCAAGCAGGGCCUCUUCAACAAGCCCGCGCUCAACAAGCUGCUCACUGAAGCUUCGGUUCCAUCUUCCAAGUACACUUCCAACGGCAGCCCGCCGCCAACAGGCCUCGUCACGGUAAGGCCAGAGUCUGGGCUGGACAUGCUGCAGGUCAUUGGGCGCAACUUGAGGCUCAACACGACGUACACCGUUUCAGCCAAGAUUGCAAACUCGCUAAUUCCACUGGUUGAUUUCAACGCGACGUCGCCGACGGGCCACGGAUGCGGGACGGCACCGCAGGUGCUGGCCUUUCUGAAGUUUAUCGGCGUAUAUGAUAUCGACAAUCUGGUGAUGACAUCCAAGGGCGAGUGA